GAUUUUAUAAACCUGUAUAAGGUCACCCCUCAACCUCCUAUGGUCCAGUGAAAACAGUCCCAGUCUAUCCAGCCUUUCCUGGUAACUCCUACCUUCCAUUCCGAGCAACAUGCUGGUAAAUCUCUUCUGAACCCUCCCCAGCUUAAUCAUAUCCUUCCUUUCACAGGACUUCAUGGUACAUCCAAUCGAAUUGUAAAACUCAGGUUGGCAGGAUAGUGUUAAGUAGUUGUAUUUGGGUUGAAUGAAAAUGGAGAAACUCAGCAAGUCUGGCAGCAUAUUUGAGGGAAAACAAAAGAGUUUCUACUAUCCACAGUUCUUUGUUUUUUGAAUUUGGUUUGGAUUCUGAAAAGCUUUUGCAAUACUUGCUUGGGUUAGAAUAAGCAAAAUGGUAUUUGGCAGUUAUUCUUUGGUGUGGCACAGUUUUUUGUGGCUAAAGUUGGCCAAACCUUUCUUCUUUUUACCUUCUUUGUUGUUCACAUCUGCCAUUUAACCACUGUUCAUUUUCAGAUAAAGAUUUUAAACAUUGAUUUUCUUUUACUGUCUGUGCCUUAAGCUGAAUGCACCACAUCUUCCCCCUUUAAUUUGGUUCAUUUUCUUCCUGAAAAAGACUUCCCAACCCAAGACGGGACUUGUAUGAUCUGCUGAAGAUUUCUAGUAUUUUCUGAUUUUUUUAGGUAAUGUAGAGAAGAUGCUGAAACCUCCGAUGAGAAAUUUGUGCUGAUUUGAGAAUUGACAUGGUUUUGUCAUGACUAAAUCCUGCCUUAACAAAUCUAACUAUUUUUGGGCAAGUAGCUGGAACAGUAGAUGUGGAAGUGUCAAAUGUAUGGAGUUUAUAUGGACAUCCAGUUGCAUUUCGUGAUCACCAAUCCCAAUGAAAUUGCAGAGAUUUACAAAGAGUUAAGCAAAUUCCCAUCUCUGUCGAAAGCCUGCAUUGGACCUGAGGUCAUUUCCCAGUAUGGGGGCAAGCACUGCAACAUCUAUACAGAAUGGUCUCAGCGAGAUCUGGAACGAGCAGAGAAGGUGAAAUUCUGCCGACAAUAUAUCAUGUUCUAUGAUGAAGAUUCUAUUGUGUACACAGGCCCUUCUGGAAACUGCACAGAGCUGCAGGGCGAGCUAUUAAGCAAAGAGUCUCCAUCUGGAUUUUUAAAAGCUGUUCUCCGUGAGCACACUAACAAGAAGGGAGAGGAGAAGCAAUUUCUGGAAAUCUGGAAUAAAAACUCCAAGGAGAAGAGUAUUAACCUGACUGCACUUGACAAGCAUGGCAAGGUGUAUGAAGAUGAUCACUUUGGCUGCCUUGUGUGGUCUCAUUCAGAGACUCACAUUCUGUAUGUCGCUGAAAAGAAAAGACCCAAAGCGGAAUCCUUCUUCCAAGCUAAACCAGAGCUCAGUGUGAAUGAGGAGGAAGAUGACAGCAUCAAACCAGAGAAGCAAGAGAAGCCUGUGAAAGGGGAUGAGUUUGUGUAUUGGGAGGACUGGGGAGAAACUCUGGUGAAGAAGACCACUCCUGUGCUGUGUGUGCUUGAUAUUGAGAGUAACAACAUCUCUGUACUGGAAGGAAUACCUGAACACAUUUCCCCUGGACAGGCAUUUUGGGCUCCGAAUGACACUGGAAUCAUAUUUGUUGGAUGGUAUCAUGAGCCUCAACGGUUAGGUCUUGUGUACUGCACCAACAGAAAGUCUGGACUGUACUAUGUGGAUCUGACUGGUGGUAACUGUGUGCAACUUACAUCUCAAACAAAUGCUGUUUGGUCUCCUCGACUCAGUCCUGACAAGUGUCGCAUUAUCUACUUAGAAAGUGAUGCAGGUGGACCCCACCACCAGUGCAGCAGACUUCGCAUGUAUGACUGGUACACAAAGGUGACUUCUACUGUGGUGGACAUUGUGACACGACCAAAUGAAAACGGAUUUACUGGUAUUUACUCUUCAGCACUGGCACAGAGCUGCUGGGCUAUGGACAGCCAGCGGGUUAUCAUCGAUACAUGUCAGAGAAGCAGAAAGGAUCUCCUCGUAAUAAAUAUUGCAAAUGGGAGCGUGAUGUCCCUUACCAGCGGUUCAAGUUCAGUUGCUGGAAGCUGGACGCUACUGGCUAUACACCAAGAUCUGAUGGUAGUUACAUGCUCAUCCCCUAACUGUCCACCCAGUCUGAAAGUGGGCUUCCUGCCUGCUUCUGGCAAAGAGCAGGGAAUCAUUUGGGUGGCACUAGAUGAAGCUGAACCAUUGCCAGGCAUAGAGUGGAAUAUUUUGAAUUUCACACCCCCAUGUGAACAACAAAAUCCUAAAUUCCCUGUGAUGGACUUUGAAGGUAUUCUAUUAAUACCAGGAGAAAAGAAAGAAGAUGCCUCCCAUUCGUUGAUUGUUUGGCCACAUGGCGGACCACAUUCAGUGUUCAUAGCAGAAUGGUUGCUGUAUCCUGUCACGCUCUGCAGGCUGGGAUUUGUUGUACUACUCGUAAAUUACAGAGGCUCUGCAGGCUUUGGACAGGACUGCAUCUAUUCUCUGCCUGGAAAUGUUGGGAGCCAAGAUGUAAAAGAUGUACAGUUUUCAGCAGAACAGGUGCUGAAAGAAAGAUUUCCUGAUACUUCGAAAGCCUUUGUAAUUGGUGGUUCACAUGGAGGUUUUCUUGCGAGCCACCUGGUUGGACAAUACCCUGAAUUUUACAAGGCUGGUGUGAUAAGAAACCCAGUCACUAACAUCGCUUCUAUGCUAGGAACAACAGAUAUCCCAGACUGGUGUAUGGUGGAAGCUGGAUUUGAGUACACAGCUGGUCAGCUUCCGACUCCUGCUUUGUUGGAAGCAAUGUUGAUUAAAUCACCAAUCAUACACACUUCUCAAGUAAAAUCUCCAAUGUUGAUCAUGUUAGGCGAGAAAGACAAACGAGUUCCUCCCACUCAAGGCCUCGAGUUUUAUCGAGCAUUGAAAAGCAGAGGUGUUUCUGUAAGAUUAUUAUGGUACCCUGAUAAUAACCACUCGCUGUCUAAAGUAGAUGCUGAGGCUGACGGAUUCAUGAAUAUCGCGCUCUGGUUCGUGAAACACCUCUAAUGCUGAUUAUUUUCGGAGGCAGUCAUUGUGUCAUGGUGCAAAAUCAAUUACUGGAAAUGUCAUUAAGAUUGUGAUACAUGGCAGCAAUCAACCAUCAGUGAGAUCCAAAUCCCAGGUGGUUACAUCAAGCACUGCAGGAACAUGUUUUUUACAUUUCACUGCAGCUCUUUUUGGCCACAGUAUUUUGAUUUUAUAAGUUCAGGCUAGCCAGAAUUUCAGCAAUGAAUCAGCAUCACCUUUGUUGAGAGGAAGGAUUUUCCAGUGGGUCAUUCAGUUCAGCUAUGCCAGUCUUCAGAAUACUUUACUAAUAAUAAAUAAUUUAUUUCCUGGUUAUUUUGUAGAAUUAAUUUAUGAUGCUACAUUGCAAUUUAAAUUUUGCCAUAUAAUUUUGGAUAACUAUUCAAUUUGUCAUUUUAGUGAUAGUAACUCAACUCUGUGAAGAACUUUAACAGUGAAAAGAAGGAUCCAAAUUCUUUUUUUUUCAGGAGAUCAAUACAAUUGUUAAAAAAUAAAGAAACAUAAGUAUCUGGCAAUUCUGUCUUAGGGUUCUAAUUCUAUCCAUGUUCAUCCUGUGCUCUUACAAGUUGUGGAUUCAAAUCCUGAGAUCUUGUUUACUUAUUGUGUCCUGUUUAUGUCAGGCUACAAAUAGCAUUCUGAUGAAACCAUUCAGACAUCACUAUUUCUUCAAAACUUUGCUACUUCAUUGCUUGCUGUUUAGCAGUAAAAACAUAAUGUGCCUGAGGUAUGCAGCACCUUCAAAACUGAACUAGAGAGAAAAUUUGAUCUAUCUGUACAUGUAUACAUUGGUGCAUGAAAAAUGAUUUUUUGAUUUGCAUUGUAAACCAAAAUCUGCUUAAAAGUUUCUAUAACCGUAUGAAUGAUAGUCUUCAUUAUGACGACAAUAGUUUAAUCUCUAGAUUCUGAUACCACUUAAACUCUGCUUUUAGUUCUUAAAUUAUCACUUCAGCUUCCAAAUUGAAAUAUCGCCACAUAAUUCAGCCCAGCAAUCCAUCAUUCUCUAACUGUUCCGUGAAUGAUGUGACUGACCACUGACCUGAGUACUACUCUUGUCAGGUGAAGUAUUAAUCAGAUUCAUAAGCCUUAACUGGACAGAAGCAUAACCUGUUUAUGACUCUCAAAGCUUCUGUGCCCAAACAAUAUGCAGAUUUUCAUAUGGUGCAGAAGUGUGCCUUGGUAACUUUUACAAAUGUUAAAAUCAGGAUUACAUAGAUAUAUCUUGUAAAUGCUGUCAAUAAAUCUUAAGUUUUUACACACUGUC